CCCCUUACUCCAAUUCAACGCUUUUCUAAUUUGUCCAUCUCCAAUGCUGUUGUGAAGGAGACAGAAUUAUGAUCACUAUCUCCAAAAUGCUCUCCCACUGAGAGAUCUGACACCUGUCCAGGUUCACUUCCCCAUACCAAGUCAAGUACCUCCUCUCCUCUUGUAGGCUGAUCUGCAUAUUGUGUCUAGAAACCUGCCUGUAUACAAGUAACAUAAUGUUCAUUCCCUGAGAUUGCAGCGCGUGUAGCGGACAAUCGCUGUACUGUUGGGGAUCAGCAGCUCCCCGAAAGUGAAAGAAUUCUGAAUCAGGAAGUGCUGGGAGUUAAUAUGGCUUCGAAAGGACCGGCCGAGAGUUGGACCGAGGAGACAAUUUGUCUCAUCUGCCUGGAAUUAUUCACCGAUCCGGUAUCAUUGCAGUGCGGACACAACUUCUGUCGCUCUUGUAUCACACGAUGUUGGGAAAGGAAGGGGAGAAACUCCUGUCCGGAAUGUAGAGAGGUGAUUGCUGACCGCACCCUCAGGGUCAAUCGUGCCUUAGCAAAUCUGGCAGAAAAAGCUCGAAAUCUAAACCUGAAUCCGAAAGGGAAGGAGAGUAACCUUCACUGCGAGGAACAUGAGGAAGAACUGAAGCUGUUUUGUGAAACAGACAAGACAUUGAUCUGUCUGAUCUGUGCAGUUGCGCAAGAACACGGAGAACACCGCUUCCUGCCGAUUAAAGAAGCUGUUAAAAUCUACAAGGAUCAGCUAAAAUCUUCCUUAAACUCUCUAACAAAACGGAAAUCAGACUUCCUGGAAAAGGAGCAGCAACAGAAAGAAAAGAUUUCUGGAGUUCGGGAACAGUCCAACAGCAUUCAGACCCACAUCACAUCCCAGUUUGCUGAACUGCACCAGAUUAUCACGGAGAAAGAGCAGAGCUUACUCAGGGAUCUCAGGCAUGAAGAGGAGAGGAUUCUAAAUCCAAUGGAAAAAAAUCUUCGAGAGAUUCAGGAGAAUAUAAGGUUAAUUCAGGAGGAAAUCACAAAGUUAAAGGAACAGAUGGAUCAAAAAGACAGUGUGAUAUUUCUCAAGGAGGAAGCUCAUCAGAACAGGAGAAUUAGUGACGAUGUCCAGGAAUUGUCAGUGACAGAUGAAGCUCUACCAGUUGAAAAAUUUGUUCACCCCUAUUUGUUGAACACAGUGCUGAGAGAAGCACAUGAUGCCAUUAAUAGAGUCUCUGUCACCCUGGAUGUGGAAACGGCGCAUCCGUGGCUCGAGGUGUCUGAGGAUCGGAAGAGUGUGAGAUGGACUGGGACCCGAAGGGAUCUCCCUGACACCGGGAAGAGAUUCACACACUCGGAAUGUGUGCUGGGCUCGGAGGAAAUCACAUCGGGGAGACAUUACUGGGAGGUGGAGGUGACAGGGAAUCGGUUCUGGUGGCUGGGGGUCGCCGCAGAUUCUGUGCAGAGGAAGGGAGCUGUCAGACUGAGUCCAGAGACCGGAUUCUGGAUCAUCGGGCGGGUUGAUGACGUGUUACAGUGGGAUUAUGACGUGUUCCGUGUUCACACCUCCUUUGAUUCCCGUCUGCCUGCCUGUCCCAUCCCCGGGAGGGUGGGAGUUAAUCUCAGUUACGAGUCUGGGACAGUUUCAUUUUACAACGCGGAGACCAAGUCCCAUCUCCACACCUCCACUGGGAAUAAAUUCACGGGGAAACUUUAUCCUUUCUUUGCGAUUUGGGAUGAAAACCAGGGGCUGAAAAUCUGCUCCGGUUCCGCUCCGGGUCUGUAAUCGGGUCGGGUCCCUGGACCGGAAUCAGGAGUAAAGUCUCUGUACAUAUAAAUGUGCAGAGAAUGAUAUAAACCCGAGAUGAGAUUUUUUUGUUCCAUUAAUUUUAACUCGUUCACUGCGUCCGUUAACCGAACACAAAAAAAAACUGCAGAUUCAGCCCCAGCCACGGGCGGCGUGUCAUAAAGUCCACUCAUACAUGCACAGGUGUAAUCGGGCAAGUGGAGGCUGUGCUGACUGGAAGAGGGCUGUCAGGGUGAAUCUUGUUAAGACCAUAAGCUUUAAAAAGCCAUCUCAUAGCUAUUCAACAUUUUCCUUCUCUUGAGAACUGACACCAACCUGAUUUUCCGAAUCCCGUUGCAUAUUGAUCUUCCCCAAAACAUUUGUGACUUUGCCAUUAUUACAUACCUUUUCCUGCUCCAGACUGAGAAUUAACAGUCACUCCCAUAAUUUAAUAAAGCUUUUAUGUGAAAACUAUAAACCCCCGAAAAAUUGUAUUGAAGUCUACAUUUGAUUUUGUUCAGUCCUACAUGUUUCACACUGUAAUAAUCUAUGUUUAACAGUACUUACGCACCCCGUAACGGGU